AUGGCGGAUGGAAAUGUAUGUGAUGUGAAGGUCGAUACUUUGUCGCGAUCAUAUGAUCUCCAGGGAAAUGUAUGUGAUGUGAAUGUCGGUGUUUUGUCGCGAUCAUGUGAUCUCCAGGGAAAUGUAUGUGUUGUGAAGGUCGGUGUUUUGUCGCGAUCAUAUGACCUCCAGGGAAAUGUAUGUGAUGUGAAGGUCGCUGUUUUGUCGCGAUCAUGUGAUCUCCAGGGAAAUGUAUGUGAUGUGAAGUUCGAUACUUUGUCGCGAUCAUAUGAUCUCCAGGGAAAUUUAUGUGAUGUGAAGGUCGAUGUUUUGUCGCGAUCACAUGAUCUCCAGGGAAAUGUAUGUGAUGUGAAUGUCGGUGUUUUGUCGCGAUCAUGUGAUCUCCAGGGAAAUGUAUGUGAUGUGAAGUUCGAUACUUUGUCGCGAUCAUAUGAUCUCCAGGGAAAUUUAUGUGAUGUGAAGGUCGAUGUUUUGUCGCGAUCAUGUGAUCUCCGGGGAAAUGUAUGUGAUGUGAAGGUCGAUGUUUGGUGGCGAUCAUAUGAUCUCCAGGGAAAUGGAUGUGAUGUGAAGGUCGGUGUUUUGUCGCGAUCACAUGAUCUCCAGGGAAAUGUAUGUGAUGUGAAUGUCGGUGUUUUGUCGCGAUCAUAUGAUCACCAGGGAAAUGUAUGUGAUGUGAAGGUCGAUGGUUUGUGGCGAUCAUAUGAUCUCCAGGGAAAUAUAUGUGAUGUAAAUGUCGGUGUUUUGUCGCGAUCAUAUGAUCUCCCGGGAAAUGUAUGUGAUGUGAAGGUCGAUGUUUUGAGGCGAUCAUCUGAUCUCCAGGGAAAUGUAUGUGAUGUGAAGGACGAUGUUUUGUCGCGAUCAUGUGAUCUCCAGGGAAAUGUAUGUGUUGUGAAGGUCGGUGUUUUGUCGCGAUCAUAUGAACUCCAGGGAAAUGUAUGUGAUGUGAAGGUCGCUGUUUUGUCGCGAUCAUGUGAUCUCCAGGGAAAUGUAUGUGAUGUGAAGGACGAUGUUUUGUCGCGAUCAUGUGAUCUCCAGGGAAAUGUAUGUGUUGUGAAGGUCGAUGUUUUGUCGCGAUCAUAUGAUCUCCAGGGAAGUGUAUGUGAUGUGAAGGUCGAUACUUUGUCGCGAUCAUAUGAUCUCCAGGGAAAUUUAUGUGAUGUGAAGGUCGAUGUUUUGUCGCGAUCACAUGAUCUCCAGGGAAAUGUAUGUGAUGUGAAUGUCGGUGUUUUGUCGCGAUCAUAUGAUCUCCCGGGAAAUGUAUGUGAUGUGAAGGUCGAUGUUUGGUGGCGAUCAUAUGAUCUCCAGGGAAAUGGAUGUGAUGUGAAGGUCGAUGUUUUGUGGCGACCAUAUGAUCUCCAGGGAAAUGUAUGUGAUGUGAAGGUCGAUGUUUUGUCGCGAUCAUGUGAUCUCCAGGGAAAUGUAUGUGAUGUGAAGGUCGAUGUUAUUGAUUACGCUCUUUAG